AUGAGUCGAAAAAAAUUGAAUGAUUUAGAGAUAGAAGAUGCUAUAGAUGAGAUAUUUGGGUUACCUGAUAAUCCAGAAUUAUCGGACGACAAUGUUGAGUCAGAAGAAGAAGAACAACUUAAUACGGCUAGACUUGAGUGUAUAUUAGCAGGACUAGAUGAUGAUGAUGAGAUUAAUAACCCAGAAGUGCAAGCUGAUCUUCACAAUAUAAGUAGUACCUCGUCUCAAAGUUCUUCCAGGACUAAUCGCGUAACUCGACCACUCCCUCUAACACCUGUUUUACCCACCAAUUCUGGUACAAGGACCUUAUCGCCUGAAAGACCUUUAUCACCUGAUAGACUUUUAUAG